CCUAUAAUCUCUGCUCUCAACGCCCCACAAAUAUCCUCUAAACAAUAAACAAUUCUUAUUUUGCAAAAAACGUCAACGUCCCAACAAAUUUCUUCUGCUGCUCCCGAUAAAUUCAUAAAAGUGUCCACAAUAAGUUGAAACAAUUGUGCUUUCUUCCAAUAAAUGACUAGCUUCUCGAAAUGUGAGAAUAACCCCCCGAUCAGAACAUUUUUCAAUAGUUUGUCGAGAUAAUCUGGAGUUAUGCAUAAAAAAUGGAGAAUAAGGAGUUGAAGAUCAAUGGGAUUUAUUCAACGAGUGAAGUAAAACUCCUACAUCAUCCAAUCGAGGCCCUAAAUAGGUUCCCUGAUAUUCCAGAAGCAGCUCAAUGGUGGAGAGACACAAGUGACCUGGAGGCCCCCCGACCUAUGGAGGAACCAAUGACCUCGGGGAACGUGCGACGAAAUUAUGAAAUUGAAAAGCUAUCAGGGCUGCAGCAGAAUAUGGAAGUUACCAAGAAGAGAAGAAGAGCUGGAAGCUCUCGAGAUGGUGAUCAGCUGGACAGCCGAGGAAGAGUGAAGAAUCCCCAGAACUGGAAAGUCAAUGUGAAGAAAAAUGCGAGACUUAGGGGUGAGGCGUACAUAGGGGGAGGAGGUAAAAUAGUACCAGCAAAAGUGAUGGGACCCCCAUGUGACUGCAGAUCACGUUGUGGAGAGAAAGUUGAUGAAGAAAGUCGUUCAAAGCUCCACGAGGUCUUCUGGAAGACGUGUAAUUGGGACCAAAGGAAGCAGUACGUUGCCCUCUCGGUGAAAGAAUCCCCGAAGCAUCGAACGAGAGCACGUGGCAAAGAUCCAACCGAAACGAGAAGACAAGUGACAUUUACAUACUCACUCCUAGUCAAUGAUGAGUGCAUAACAGUCUGCAAGCCCAUGUUCCUCUCCACCUUCUCCAUAUCUGAAAAAUUUGUUCGUCAUGCUAUGGACAAGAAAAGGCACUCCCCAGGUGGGAUUAUUGGGCCUGAUCUCAGGGGCAGGCACACACCCAAGACCAAGAAGAGUGAGGACGUGAGGAAUCGAGUGAGGGAGCACAUCCAGUCAUUUCCGACAUUCAAGAGUGAAAAUCCAAAGGAGAGGAAGCGAUACCUCGAGGCACACCUCAAUAUCGCUUCCAUGCACAAACUCUAUGUCCAGAAGUGCGAGGGUGAAGGCAUUCCCCAGGUUGAUAUCGUCAAGGAAAGCUACUACAGGGAGAUGUUCAAGAAUGAAUUUAAUUAUGGCUUCAAACCACCUCCAGCCUGCAAUGAGUAAAAGUGAAGGAUUUUAUCGAUUUGUUGGAUAAUUAUGACUCGUUGGUGAUAAGUUAUUAUUUCAUUAUCAUAACAAAUCACCUCGGCUUACCACUUCAAAGCAAAAUUAAUUACUCAAAAAUUCAAUAGCUUCCACAUUGGCCUAGUU